AUGAAAGAACAGUGUAUGAUCUGUAUUGAUAAUUCUGAAUGGAUGAGAAAUGGAGAUUAUGCUCCAUCCAGAUUGGGUGCUCAAGUUGAAGCCGCUAACUUGAUUUGUGGAAGCAAAACACAAAGUAAUCCCGAAACAACCAUCGGUGUUCUUACCAUGGCUGAAGAGAAUCCAUCCGUUAAAGUUGCUCCAACCACCGAUCUUGGCAAACUCCUUUCAAGCUUAUCAUCAGUAGAAAUUGGAGGAAAAUUACAAUUUUCUAAAGCUCUUCAAAUAGCGUAUCUGGUAUUGAAGAAUAGAGCACCUGAUCAGGGAACACCCAACAGAAGAUUGGUCAUCUUUGUGGGUAGUCCGAUUGAGGAAAAUAAGGACGAUUUGGUAAAGUUGGGAUUACGUAUGAAAAAGAAUAAUGUGGCGUGUGAUGUAAUUAAUUUUGGAGAGGUUCAAGAAAACACAGCAAAAUUAGAAGCUUUUAUUAAUGCAGUCAAUAGAGAUGAUAAUUCAAGAAUGGAGACCGUUCCUCCUGGACCACACAUUCUCUCCGAUAUGUUGUUCUCAUCUCCAAUUGUUGGAAUGGGAGGUGCUGGAGUGGGUGCUGCGACAGGAGGUGCUGGAGUCGGCACAGGAGAAGCAGGUGCUGGAGGUGGUGAAUUUGACUUUGGUGUGGAUCCAAACCUCGAUCCCGAAUUGGCUAUGGCUAUUCGUCUCUCUUUAGAAGAAGAAAAAAGACGACAAGAACGAGAGAAGCAAGCAUCAGCAUCAUCGUCAGCAACAACUCAACCAGAAACAGGAACAGCAUCAUCGUCAAGUACAACAGCUGAAACUAGUAGCACAGCAGGCACAUCGACACAAGCCGUUCCCACAACAGCUCCUCCUCAAGAGGAUGAAGAUGUGGAUAUGGACGACGAUGACGCUCUCGAAAAGGCUCUCCUUCUCUCAAAACAAGAAGCAGGAAUGGUCGAUGAGGACGAUGAAUUACAACAAGCUUUAAAGAUGUCUAUUGACGAAGCUCAAAACAAGAAGAAGGAUGAAAAUAUUGAGGACAUUGUCGAAGACCAAGAAUUCAUGCAAGAUUUGGUUGGUGGCUUAGGAAAGAAUGUCAAUUCGGAUGAGGUUUUGAAAAAGAAGAAAGACGAAGAAAAGAAGUAA